UAUUCUCCCAGCUCGAGAGAAGGUCGAGUUAGGAGACUGGACGACUGACCAACAACAUGGACUUCUCAGCGAUAUUAGCACAGGAGAUUGCGAAAAAGAAAGCAGCAGCGGCGGCCGUAGCUGCCGGAUCUGCUCCAUCUUCAUCUUCCUCUUCAUCCACCACAGCAUCAACUACAGCAUCAACAUCAGCAGCUGCGCCGCCGAAGUACCUCCGCCGCGCAGACCUCGAAGCGCUGCGAGCGAAGCAGUACCGCGAAGAGCAAAAGAAGCGCGAAGAAGCGCGGAGGAAGGAGCAUGAGCAGCGGCGAAAAGAGCGGGAGGAGGAGGAAGAGCGACGGGAGCGCAAGCGCGCAGAGGCGGAGGAGAAGUAUUUUGCGCGAAAGCGCGAGCGCGAGCGCGAGGAGGAGGAGGAGCGGGAGAGGAAGAAGAGGGCGAAGAGUGGGAAGAAAGGGGAGGGUGAGAAUAAGGCGGAGAGUGGAGGCGGUGGAGAGAGUAAGUCGUCUGUUGAGGAACUGCUCAAGUGCGGAGAGGACGCGAUAGUCGAGCGGUUACGAAAGAUUGGCGAGCCGGCGCGGUUGUUUGACGAGUCUGAGGAGGCGAGAGCAAAGAGACUGAUAAGACGAGAACGCGCGAUUGAGAAGCAGCAGAAGGCGUCGCCGGAGUACAGGUUGGCUGAUGUUGCGAUCGAGAUCGAGGACGAGGAUCUCGAGGAUAUGGAUAAGAUCUCGAUGCAGUGCGAGAAGUAUAUCCGGUAUCUUGUCAAGGAAUGGGAGACCGUUCUUGUUCGUCGAGAGGACACCCCAGAAAAGGCCUUUGAGACACUAGACCAAACCAAAAACUACCUACACCCUCUCCUCCUCCAACUCGAAGAAAAAACCCUGAGCAGCGAGAUCCUCCCCCGCCUAGCGACGCUGCUGAUGUUCAUGCAGCGCAAGCGCUACCGCGACGCCAACGACUGCUACCUGAAGCUGAGCAUCGGCAACGCCGCGUGGCCGAUCGGUGUGACGGCGGUGGGUAUCCAUGCGCGUAGUGCGCGCGAGCGGAUUACGGGAGACGGGGAUAGUCGGAAGGGGUUGAAUAAGAGUCUGCAGGUUGCGCAUGUCAUGAGCGAUGAGCGGACGAGGAAGUGGUUGACUUCUGUGAAGCGACUGAUUACGUUUGCCGAGAGUCAGUGGCCGGAGUAGCUGUUAGUAAUAAUUACUGUAUUAUAGAAUAUAAAGAACAUGUAAACAAAUAAACAAUCUAAUAGUAAACAACAUGUUGAAUUACUGGAAAUGGCUCGAAGUGGAUGACGUCAGAUCUUAGAAAUAUUCAACUUGGGACGAAUUUUUCGCAAUUCUCACCACCGCCCUUUGCACAGAAUCCCGGCCCUCACCACCACCCUCCUCACCCACAGUCACACAUUCAGACACACACACACACACACACAAUGGUCCAAAUCACCCCAGUCAGCGUGACGGAUGAGAAAGCCGGUGCGCCGUACGAAGACCGCGACGAGGACUACUCCGACAUCUCAGACAACGAGUCCGUCGCCUCUCUCUCC